AUGAAGGCCUCAACUGCUUCCAUCCUGAUCGCCCUCCUGGGUGCCACCCAGGUCCACGCCCAGUGUGUCGACGGUGCUCGUGAGGAGAUCAGCCCUGAUUACACCGUCCAGUACAAGUGUGACGUGCUCCGAGUCGGAGACACCCACAAGAACAUCAACUCUGCAAUUGAGUGCGCCGCGCUUGCUAGAGACGCAGGCGCCACUGCCUCUACCUACCACGCUGGCACCAAGCGAUGUGUCGUCGCGAAGGAGAAUGCGGCCGAGAAAGCCUACCCUGGCACUAUUUGCAUGAUCAAGGUUUCCUAA